CACUGGGACGAGAGUUGGCGCUGACAGGAUAUGUUUCUUUAAGAAUGACAUCUGGAAAAGAGAAACGUUACUCUCAUAUUGUAGCUUGUGAUUGACCUAAUAGAUUUUUUUUUAACUUCGUUUCUUCGUUUCUUCUUUUAGGUGCGCAUCUUUUCGUCGCUUCAUAGGUGCGCAUCUUUUGUUGGCUUUAAAUAUUUCAACGUGACUUGGGGGCAUUUGAAGGAAGGAGGGCAAACAUGUUUGGUAUGAUAAAGAAUUCGCUUUUUGGUGUCACCGAGGAAACCGAGUUCAAAUUGCUUAGCACGGAGACAAAGGACGGGGUCAGCUAUGAGGUGCGCCGCUAUGACAACGCAAAGUACGCCGUGGUCAGCUCUGAGGGACGGACGUUCGACCAGGCGUCAGGUGAACUGGUGAGGAAACUCCUCAUGUACAUCGGAGGCAGCAAUGAGCCAGGGGAGGCGAUGGGAAACACAGCGCCAGUUCUCAUCACAGUCUUCCCCCGGGACGAUGGCGCGAUGAUGCGACGCCUGAUCGUUGCUGUUCGCAUUCCCAACCGCUACCAGAUCUGCCCACCGACGCCUACUGACAGCACCAUCAGAAUCGAGGACCGGCCAGGCAUGACUGUUUAUUCACUUGGGUUUGGAGGCUUUGCCGGAGAGACGGAGUAUCGUGCAGAAGCUUUGCGCUUGACACGCACACUCGGGGAGACCGCCCCUUACCAACGUAAGCAGUACUUUUGCGUGAGCUACGAUCCGCCGCUCAAGCCCUAUGGGCGACGAAACGAAGUCUGGUUCGUCCAGGAAGAACCUUGAGGAAUCAGGAACUUGCUGACUGCUGGUGUACACAUGGAGUAGGGAUGAACUACUCGGACAUCUGUGACACUGAUGAAGAGGGCCAAGGGUUUUAAUUGGGAAAUUGGUGUGAAUAGCUAAUUUAACUUUAGGUAGCAUAAUUAAUUCCACACUGGGUGUGUGCAAUACAUCAUCACAUACUUGACUUUAUUUCAGCAAAACAUAAUUAGAUGAAAGAAUAAGUGUUACUUACAAUACUGGGUUAGACAUUUAUGUUUCAACUAGUGCAAUAGGAGGAUGGUGGACUUGGGGCUGAAAUUUAAGUUGCAUUAGAUCCUGAUAACCAUCAUCUGCCUACACCACAAUGCAUUAAAGUGUGCAAGAUCUAAGGACUAAGUCCUGCUAGAAUAUACACCAUUCCCCAUCAUGACAACUUGGUACUAUGAAUUUAUGAGAAACUUUUUUUCCCAUGGCAUUUUACUUUUAAUAGAUGUUCAAUAAUUGAGCCAUACAAAUGUUGCACAAAUUACAGCAAAGUCUUGUGAACAGAAUUGGAAGAAAACCCUGACUAUUAGUAAUUGUAUAUUCAGUGGACACUUGCGUGAGUUCCUUUUAUUCAUUGACAUUCCCAUGUUUGGCACUCUUGAAAGGCUAUUGUUGGUUAGGUAUGAAAUAUUUGUAUUGGCUCGGUCAGACGUUGCCGCAAGCACAAGUAUCAAGGAUUUGCAGACAUUAUGUGUAGAUGAUGUAGGAAAAUGUUUGAAAUCAUCAAUGCCUUCAAUUCGGUGUGAAUUAGGGCAUUUGAAAAAAAAUCCCUUUUAAACUUCAUUCCUCUUCAGAUACUGUAUUUAUCUCAAACACUGUUUGCGAUUAGUAGGUCUGGUAAGUGAAUUAUGUAUUAUUUUAUUUAUUGUUGGGGCAGAACAGGGGGAGCAGUAGAUAGUCCUACAUUUUUUUUUUUUUGGUAGAGGACAUGUCUGGUUCAUAUCUCAGUGACUCCACAACUAUCCAGGAGGCAGGUGUGCUGUGUUAGUGGCUAGUAGUUUUGGUGUGCCUGUCUCUUUUGACCUGUAAAAUGUACUAGUCAAACGUAGAUGAUCUACACUCACAGUGUUUCUAGAAACCACUUUCGAGUAGCUCUUGACUUCCAUGGUGUGAUAUUCUGUGACAAUAGGUUAGUGAGUAGGACAUGUUGGUUAACAAUGGGUUGAAUAUCAUCUGGUAAUAAACGUGUUAUUCAGAAUAGUGUGUAUUGGUUUUGUUAGUGUCAGUGAUAAUAAUAAUAAUCAUGCAUCUUCAGACACAUCAGAAUGACUUUCAAUAUACAUUUAUUAGUUAUUAUUUAAUUGUAGAAAUAUUGAUCAGUUUUAGAUUUUAAAAAUAAAAGAAUAAAGAAUUUACAAACACACAAAAUCUAGUCAAACAGCGUAUGAUAAAUACACUUCAUCUUUCCAAACAUAAUACAUUUCCCAAGUCCUGUCACACUGAUGAGAUGAUUCUAAUCUCCCUGUAAGAUGGCCAGGGGGCUUUUAAUCUGCCAAGUCGGCCACUGCUCUGGUUCAAUUAUGCAUCAACACCUGCAGUUCACGAGGGAGGCUGCCUUGAAACGAGACACAACCACAAUCUAGAAAGAUGCAUGCAUGUAGGGGGUGUGCACUGCGGUAUGUUCAGUGUGUGUGUGUGUGUGUGUGUGUGUGCUCUGUGCGAUUGUAUGCAUGUGUGAGUGUGAAACUCGACUCUUGUAAUUACACAAAGAGUGAGGCUGGAAUUUCUAAGGAGGCUGGAGGUUGUGGCUAUGGCUUGAACAUGAGGCAGAGGUCAGGGGGACAAACCUGAUAUGGUCAAAUCACCAUGAUUUACUCAGCGGAAGAGUGGGGAGUGCCCUGUAAUGCCACCUCACUACUCUCAAAUCACAACCACCUCAAUCUUGCGGUCAUAUCUAGCUCACACGAUGGGCCUUUUUCUCAAGACGUCAGACGCCUUCGCUUCAAUGCAUCUGAAGCAAGUACAAUGGCUCUUCUUUUGAAACUUGGUUGUCGGUAGACCGGAGUUUAUUCUCUCGACCUCUGUUGUAAAUGUAUUCUAUUGCAACAGUUGGGGACAAUACAAAUGUCUGCAAACACUAAUAUUUAAUUAGCUCUGAGUACGCCGAACUGCUCCGAGUUUGUGUUGUUUCGGAACCCUGAUCUGAGUAUCCGUUCUAUUGCACUUUCCCGAGGCGGAGGUUGGAGUUUCCGACAUCAGAGUUUCAAAAGAGUGAGCCCUAAGUUGCCAUGGUUUUCUAUGGUCCCGAUCUUUGCCUGAAACCGGCAGUUGUUAAUAUCUGCUUUGCUUCAAAAACAGAGCAAGCCUGGCGUCAUUGCGAAAAAGGCGGAUCACCAAGGCAACAAAAAUAUAAUACAAAGCAAAUGAAAAAAAAAAAAAACAUAAAAGGCUGACGUGCAUUACCAUGCCAAUUGAGCGAUCCCUGGCAUACAGAAAUAAGACUUUGAUUAUAUCCCUAAACCCCAUAGCACACGUUGGGGGGAUUCGUCCACCUCAGCCACUUAAACCAUGUAAAAAACCACCUCUAUGCAAUCUCUGGUAAAAGUGACAUUAUUUUUU